AUGUCCCCUCCGCAUAUAGAGGGGUUCUACUUUGAUGAGCAUAGAAAGAAGUACUUUAAGAUAACCAAAAAUACAGAUGGUAUAUCAGAUAUUACGCCGUACUCGAUUUCUUCGAUUCGGAAAAACGAACGACUGAAAAGAACGCUGGAGAUUGAGGUUCCAAUUAUCAGCAAGAGGAAGUCUGACUCGAAGGGCUCAAAGAAGAAAGAAGCAGAGUUUUCUUUGGCAACUUCAUUUUUUUGUUCAAAAAUUUCUCAACUUUCUCCUUGGAUGAAUACUAGCUUUUCAGCACUCUAUUCCAAAAGUUGUAAUACGCGGACAUCUUUCGACAAUGAGUUGGGAUUGCAGCAAGUGAUCAAUCUAUUUGGAAAGCAUUGCUACGAAUUCGCAGGCAAUAACCGCAUUAUAGGUAUCCUACCAAUACCUGGUAACUCAAAGAUUCUAGUUAACAUUGCACCAGGUCGCUGGGGAUCUCUCCAGUUUGGAAGCAAACCUCUCCCAAGUUACGCUGAUUAUCUCUUGAGUCAAACUGUGAGUACAAAACUUUUAUGGUAUAGAGCUUUUGACUUGAAUAUUGUGUUCAAGCUUGAAAUCGGCAAUGCCACUAAAGUUGUCAUCAUUGCUGAAGGCAAAAAAGUGCUAGAGAGUAUUGAGGUACAUAGAGACGAUAAGGUCACCUGUGACUUCGACGGCAGCCUGGCAAUAGGGAAUGGUAGAACAGUACGUAUACAGACGUUGUCACCAGCAGAUGCACUGUCAAACGAAAAUCCUUUUUCAAGAAUAAAAACAAGUUCUGACGUCAUGGCAUUAGAAAUGGCUGUGAUUGGCACAUCUAGAUUACUUAUAGUUGGGUUGAGAGACGGGCACAUACAAUUUUGGGUUUUUAAGAGCGGAAGCUGGCUAAGUGCCGGGAAAACAUUUUUUGGUUCAACUGUGACACAAAUUGCUUCUUUUACUCACACAGAAAAACAUGGCAAAGAUGUUUAUGUGCUGGUUAGUGGUCUUCAAGGGAGAUUAAGAUUGUUUAAAACUUGCCACACCAAGAAAGGAACAAUCCAUUUGAAGAAAGUCGUAGAGUAUUUGAAUUACAACAAUGAUUUCACUCUAGGUGACUGUUUUCAUUUGGCCCCUUGCAGCAACCUACAAUAUGGCUUCUUUGCCAUUUCUGAUCCUAUUGAAGAAUGCAUUAAGAUUUAUCGGUUUCUUGAUUCUUUACCUAUAGUCACUCAGCAGUCAUCACCACAUUACCUGAAGAUCCCCUUUGGUUCCAGUUCUAUAAAUGACUUUUCUUGGAUUUCACUCCGAGAGGCCUGCUCUUUUUCCGAUAACGGUCUUAUCUUAAACCGCACAUCCACAUCCAAUAAAAUUUCACCUUGCACCAUUAACUGUGAUGAUUUCUCUUUGCUUGAAAGCCGUAGACUUCUAAGCGAGCAAGAACCUAAAGGAUAUUCAUUCUGCGGAGAACCGUUUGUAGAAAGAUUUGCACUUUUCGUCAAUGGAAGUGGAGAUCAUCUACCAUACCGCGUAUCAGUUUGGUUUUAA